ACAAACUGCCCAGUGCACCAGCAGCCUGUCUGCGCCUAGGGAAAUUGCAAAACGUCUAUUUUCCGACAUUCUGCAGCUUAGAAUAGGCCCAACAGGCGCUGCCCUCACGAGUUUCCAAGUUCUUGGCGUGGCGUCUGCCGCAUGCACGCAACAAUGACUGCAAGUCGCGAAAAGACAACCCGCAUCAUGGGUUGGCCUUCAAGCAACGACGGGAACUCACCGUCCCUUCGUACCGACGGCUUCACAACCUCCAGUUUCCACAAAACUCGCUUCGUCAAUCCGGCGAGGCAUACAAAGCACACCCCAUACCUGCGGACCCCGGCCCGUCUCUCCCAGGUCUGGUUCAACCGAUGGACAGUUCUCAUACUGCUCGUCCUCGUUCACUUCCUCAUCACCCUCAGCAGCCUCAACUCUGGCCUCGACGAUGCCAAGAUAAAGGCACUCUCCGCCUGCACAAAGGUCGAGGACAUUGGUAGCUCCAUGGCCUCCAUGCCACACUACCUUUCCAGAGGUGUCAACAGCCUUGCGGCAUCCGGCAUCACGAAGUCGGUCCACGCUCUCCUGUCCGUGCUGGACAUGAUCCUCAGUGGUGUCGAGGCUCUGAUUCUCUUCGCCAUCCACAUGUUCACCGAUACUUAUGUGUGUCUUCUCAGCUUGGCCAUUACCGGCGGCCUGAACGCCACUGCCGCCGCCAUUGAGGGUGCCACGGACGGUAUCAAUAAGGCAAUCGACGCUUUCGCUAACAAGGUUGAUGAUGCCGUCGCCCCGAUGCAGAGCGUCAUUAAUGGCGCUUGGUCUGCGGUAGAUGGCCUUGGAGAUGGUAUCAAUGCUGGCACCUCUGUCGUAGGUGGCGUUGUUGACGGCAUCACGGGAGGCAUCGGCGGAAUCUUCGGUCGUGUUGAGCGCAGUACCUUGGUUCUCCUCGACGUCGAGGCCACACAGCUCGCCAACUCUUGGUCCAGUGCUACUGCGACAGCUGCGUUCCCCCGUGGUACGGAGGCUCUCGAGCGUUUGGCUGAACGUUCCGAGCUGGUGAUCGACGCCAUCCCAUCAACGGUCACGGCAGCCAGCCCGCCGUUGCCAACCGAGGAGAGUGUCCCUCUCGUCACCGUCGCUCCCCGUGCCAUUGACAUCGGCCAGGCCCCGGAUAUCGGUAAGACUCUGUCGGGACCUAUUGCCGAGCUCAAGAGCUUCGAUAUCAACGCGAGCGGCGUCGUCGGUGACAUUGAGUCUCUCCGAGACAAGGUCCCAACCUUCGACGAGGUUCGCAAGCUCACGGAGGACACGAUCGGUAUUCCGUUCGAUUUUGUCCGCAAGGCGCUCAAUGAUAGCUACGGUGCAUGGAGGUUUGACGACACGAUAUUUCCGCUUGCCAACAAGGAGGCCCUCUCUUUCUGCUCAGAGAACUCCGCGCUCAACGACUUCUUCGAGUCGCUCUUCAAGCUGACCGCCACGGCCAAGAUUGUCGCCAUCUGCAUCCUCUGCUUCCUCGCUGUCGCUGCCUGCGCGUGGUUCAUGUUCCUUGAGAUCCGCCAAGGCCGGAAGGAGGCCGAGUAUGUCCAGACUUUUGAGACCGAGCAGUACGACCAGAUCGACUUUGCACACCUGUUCUCGCGGCCUCGCAUUGGCGCAUUCUCGGUCAAGAUUGCCCACAAGAUUGCCCCAAAGCCGCAGGACACCAAAAAACGCAUGCUCAUCCGCUGGUGCAUCUCAUAUGCAACCUCGCUCCCCGCCAUGUUCGUCCUGGCCCUGGCGAUUGCCGGCUUCUUCUCUUGCCUCUGUCAGGUGAUCCUGCUUAAAGCCAUCGAGAAGCAAGUUCCUGCUCUGGCCGAGCAGGUUGGUGAUUUUGCUGAAGAUGUUGUGUACACCCUUGGCAACGUCUCUGAGAGAUGGGCCACCGACGCCAACGGCGUGAUCAUUGGCUUCAGCGACGAGCUGAACAACGACCUGUUUGGGCACGUCGAGAACGCCACUCAAGCUGCCAACGACACGCUCAACGUAUUGGUUGACAGCAUGAACGACGGCCUGACCAAAGCCUUUGGCGGUACAUUCCUGGAGAACCCUGUGAAGGACGUGGUCCGGUGCCUCGUCGGGCUCAAGAUCGAGAGCGUGCAAAAGGGCUUGACCUGGGUGCAUGAGCACGCGCACGUCGACUUUCCCUUGUUCCCGAAGGACGUCUUCAGCAUGGGCGCGCGCGACUCGAUCGAGGGCGACUCGGAGCUCACCACGUUCCUUGCUAGCCCGAGUUCCGUCUCGACCGACGAGGUGACCGGCGCCGUCACCCACGUCACCGACUGGCUGUACAAUGGCAUCAUCCAGGACCUGCUCAUCUCGGCGGCCCUGUUGCUCGUGUACGCGCUCGUCGUGGUCGGCGGCGUCCUGUACACCGUCUUUGCAAUGAUCACACCUGAGAAGAACCGCGGCGUCAACGACCUUAACGAGAUACGCCGGUCCGGCGAGGUUCCCCGGCGCAACGUUACGACCGUCGAGGCCGGCGGCGCUGGCAAUAGCGGCAUGCAUCAACGCAGCAGCAGCUAUGCCUCCUACGACUAUGCUGCGGGCGAGCCGAAGCGCUAAAGAUUUGAA